AUGUCUUCCGGAAGAGAAGGAGUCGCGACGACGAGAGCGAGAAAGAGGAAGGCUGGUGAGAGAGAUUCUUCGUGGGACGUGGUCGCGAAUAACGACGAUGUGCGUUUCAAACACAUCACUCCGAGAUUGAAUCGAACGGAUUUGAAAUUCGUGUCCUCCGAAUACUCGACGGAAGAGGAACACGAGAGACUACGAAACGCUCUCGCAUUGCUCGAGAAUAAACCUUUGCCGUUGUGGCGUUUGUUCAGAGAGGCGGUGCUGAAUGGCGGCGCGUGUCGCGAUAUCGUGGAGAAGCAUGUGAUGUGUAAACUCAACGGGACGGAUCUCAAAUUCUUGUAUGGAGUGAAUACGGAGACGAGAAAGUUGAUUAAGAGAUCAUCUCGCAAGGGGGAGUUGAAAAAGAGGUUUAAAGUGAGCGAGAUGUCGUCGAUAUCUACGUUGGAGUUUGCGUGGGAGCAUAAAUCGUUGUGGCCGAGUGACUGGGAGGAUAUAACUUUCUCCAGUGAAGUUGCUCGAACGAAUAAACUCGAGUUGCUCAAGUGGGCGCGAGAGGAGAAAAAGUGUGAGUGGGAUGAAUGGACGAUUAAUGAGGCCGCAUCUCAAGGUAAUCUGGAAAUGGUAAAGUAUUGCGUUGCAAAUGAGUGUCCUAUCGAUGAGGACGCGUGUGCAUAUGCUGCCGAAAACGGUCAUCUCGAGGUACUCAAAUACUUACGCGAAGAAGUCAAAGCGCCUUGGGAUUUUUCUACUGCCGAAUGGGCGGCUGAAAAUGGUCAUCUUCAUAUACUUGAAUAUCUUGUUGAGCGUAAAUAUAAUAAAUAUAACGAAAGUGCGUGUUGGUGUGCGGCCAAGUACGGCCACUUGGACUGUUUGAAGUACUUGCACGAAACCGCCAAAGCGCCGUGGGACUCUUGGGCCGUUCGAUUUGCGCACGAGAACAACCACACGGAGUGUUUACAAUACCUCCUCGACAACAACUGUCCUCUCCCACCCGGUUGGCGAUACGAAGAUGGAAAGUUGCACGUGCCACCAGUUUCAUAA